UCUCGUGUGGAGGCUGGAAGCCGUUGUCGUUGCUGUCUUGCUGACCUCGUGAAUGUGGAUGCUGUUGCAGUUCUCAGUUGUUUUUACAUAUUGUGGAACCGCAUUGUUAAUUAAUUUAUGCUUCUUGAAUACUCGUUGCGGCUGAAAGUGCCUCCACACAUAUGAGAUGAUAUCACAAUUGGUCGACUGUUGUUGUGUAUUUACCAUCACCAAAGAUACAACAAAGAUAUUGACAACAUCUGAAGGCAGACAGGCCUGUGUGCAACAUUAUCGUGGAAAAAUUGUGUCCCAGACUGUGCUUCCUCAGUGCUACUACGGAGAGCAUUAGAAAGAUGUCGGAGACAGAGAGCUCGAAGUCAACAGUGGCCGCCGAGAAACCGAAACCGACCGGAAAGUUCCGUUGCAAGUAUUGCCCCUUUGCAUCAGACGAGAAGUCUUUGGUGCGGUGGCACCAGAGCAAGCAUCCCAAGGAAAAACCCCUGGUGUGCCCCAUAUGCAACAAGUCAUACAUGUGGAGAAGCAGCAUGGCUGCUCAUCGGCAAAGUCACACGGGCGAACGCCCUUACAAGUGUUCCAAUUGCUCCCGAGGAUUCACCAGCUCCACAAACUUGGCGCGGCACCUGAAAGCGUGCCCGCAGAAAUCAGGCGAUUCUAGCAGCGUCGAUGAUGUAGUGCCUGAGAGGAAGUGACUGGCGUGAAUUUGCCUGACUCUGUGGGAUCAUCAGCAUUGCGGCUGCAUGUAAUGGAAGGCGAUUUAUAAAAAUAAUUUAUACGAAUA